GGCUCGCCGUGCGCGGUGCGCCCCGACUCGUUUUGCGGGCGAGUGCGCGGCGAGAGCCGCCGGUGUUUGCGCUGAUAGUUAUUAGAAAUUGAUCCUCUUCUGCCUUUGUUCAGUUCAAUCAUCGAUCAGCGGUGGAGGGACCGCGGAGCGGCGGCGCAGCCUCCGCUCGCCACACCGAUCUGGGAUCAGCACCGCGGACAGCACUGGCGCUUUUACGCGCGCUGGGCUUUUUCUUUUUUCGGGGGCUCUUUUCACUCCUUAUUGUGGCCGACAGGCACCGUCCUACUCACAUGUACGGAAACUUUUAACGCGUUUCCCGGACGUAGGCUGCAACUUUUUUUUUUGCGCCCAGCUUAAUGUUUUAUGCGGGGGCUUUGCGUCGACGGCCGUCGCGUCGCCGCUGCGUCUCCCAGUGGGCUGUCUUGCCCAAUUCCUCUCAUUUAUUGUUUUUUUUUAUUUUUUGUUUUUCUUUAUAUGUUGGGGAACGUUGUUGAGUUGAAUUUGUGAUUGGCAAAGUUUAUUUCCUGCGGCUGCGUUUCGUGACGUUUGGCAGGCAAAUAAGACCCCCGUCCGGGUACGCGUAGCCCUGCGAGCGGACCGCGGACCGCGGUGGCGUCGGCGCGGCGCGGCGCGGCGCACGCGACCGGCGGCGAGUGGUCGGAAAGAGCCGGCGCGUGUCGACGCGCAGACGCGGCUGUGUCGCGGACGCGGACAUGUCGGGGUGGCUGGCGGAGAAUGUGGCAGAGGGAGCUAAACUCUGUAGCAUCUGAGCUGGCGGGCCGACAAGAGGAGAGUGAACAUUCCCACAAGCACCUGGUAGAGCUGAGCAGGGAGUUCAAGAGAAAUGUCCCUGAGGAGGUGCGGGAGAUGGUGGCACCUGUGCUCAAGAGUUUCCAGGCUCAGGUGGUUGCUCUGAACAAGCGCAGUAAGGAGGCAGAGUCUGCGUUCCUUGGAAUCUACAAACAGCUUAUCGAGGCCCCAGAUCCGGCUCCUGUGCUGGAGGCCUCACACACCCUGGAGGAAAGGCUGCAGCAGCUUCAGAGCCCGGCCCCAGACAGCUCGGCCCUGGUGCGAGAGAUCAGCGGGCACUGGAAGAAACACUUGGAGUGCCUUGAAAGGACAGAGCCCACAAAGGACGGCCGUGUAGUCUCAGGGGCAGCAGUGACAGGAGAGGCCCCAGAAUCAAGCUCUCCGGCCUCCCUGAUGACCCCCAACAGCACACCAGCUCCUGGGGCCCCAAGCUCCCCACAGCCCAACUACCAGGACCAAGCUGAGGACCGAGGGGAAGAGGAGGCGAGUGCUGAUGUUAGUUUGGCUGACAGACUAUCAGAGGCCGAGGAGAAGAUCAAGGUUCUGCAUUCAUCUUUGAACACUGCACAGACAGAGCUCCUGGACCUGCGGUGUCAAUACAAGCAAGAGAUGACGAAGAAGGCAGGGGAGGUCGACGCCAUCAUGGCAAAUCUCGAGAAAGCAAACCAGAGAGCGGAAAUGGCUCAGAGGGAAGUGGAGAGGCUAAAGCUGCAGAUAGCCAGUGGCCAGAGUGCCACCACGGGGAAUUGCCAUCCAGCAGUGGGUACUAGCAGGGAGAAGAUUGAGAAGGGCGAGGUGUUGCCCUCGCAGUUGGAGGCCGCCCUGCUGGCUAAAGACACCGAAAUCCUCCGCCUCCUUGAAAACAUUCAGCGGCUGCAGUUCACUCUGCAGGAAGUUCAGGAGACGUCGGCCAAUCAGAUGCUGGAGCUGGAACGCCAGUUGGCCUAUAAGACUGAAGCUAUUGAGAGAUUAGAAGCUAAACUGCAAUCCCAGAUUGACUAUGAAGAGAUUAAAACUGAACUCAGUAUCCUGAAGGUAAUGAAGCUGGCUUCAGCUAAUGGCGGCUCGUCUCAGGAGUCUGCCAAGGCUGCAGAGGUUCUAUUGCUGGAUAAAGAGGCCUUUCUUCCAUCUCACAAAUACCUGGUGGAUAAGGCUCGAAUUUUGCAUAACAAUGAUGACGACCAGUCGGAUGAUGCAGGAAGGGAGACAGGCCGACCACCCAACUCCCACUCAUCCUCCUCUCAGUUCAAUGGCCAUGGCUCCCCCAGCCCAGGCCCCCCCGCCUUGGACGGCUCCUCCUCCAGCCAUGAUUUGCCUCGUCCCUUCUCUGUGUCGCCAUGCUCCGGGGACCGACAUUCAGGAGAUCACAUCCUCCACAAGCAGCUCCUUUCCCCACACUUUAAAAGGGAAGGGCUCAUGGCUUUCCCCACGGCCCUCUAUGCAGCCAAAGUUGCCCUCAUGUCAGCGACUCAAGGGUCUGCAGCGGCCAGUAGUGUGGACGCUGGCUUGCCCAGCGACCAGUCAGAAAGCGGCAGCUCAACUGCAGGAGACGAGGACCAACUGGACACGGCCGAGAUUGCCUUCCAGGUGAAGGAGCAGCUGCUAAAACAUAACAUUGGCCAGCGCGUGUUUGGCCACUAUGUGCUGGGCCUCUCCCAGGGCUCGGUCAGUGAAAUCCUAGCAAGACCCAAACCCUGGAGGAAGCUGACUGUGAAAGGCAAAGAGCCUUUUAUUAAGAUGAAGCAGUUCCUCUCUGAUGACCAGAACAUCCUGGCACUUAGGACCAUCCAGGUCCGCCAGAGAGGGAGCAUCACUCCGCGCAUCCGAACUCCUGAAACUGGGUCAGAUGAUGCCAUUAGGAAUAUCCUGGAGCAGGCCAAGAAGGAGAUCCAAUCCCAAAGGGGAGGGGAUGGCAAGUCAUCUCUGCACAGCUCAUCAGGCAGAAGCAGUAAUGGAGCAGGCAGCAGCUCUGAUGAAACCAUAAAGAACAUCUUAGAACAGGCCAAGAGGGAGAUGGAGGCCCAGCAGCAGGCCCUGAUGGAGAUGGAGGUCUGUGGUAGGGCCUCGACUGCCAGUUCAGGAGCACAGGUGGAACGUCUAGGGCCCCCAGAACGCUCCAGGGGCCUGCCUUUACCCAUCUCCAUCAAACAGGAGGAAGGGGGCUGCGUUACCGUGUGCAUGGCCAACCCUGUCAGCAGCCCACAAACACCCCUCAGUGUGCUCUCCCCUGCCGCCUUUGUCCAGAACAUCAUCCGCAAAGUCAAGUCAGAAAUCGGGGAAGCGGGCACCUACUUCGAUCAGCACUGGUCACAGGAGCGGGGGUCGAUGGGGCUCGGUGGCGGAGGUAGCUCUCGGCCCUUCAAUUCUGUCUCUCCUUCCUUGUCGUCCUCCUCCUCUGGGCCCUCUACCUUGCCCCGCCCCUGGCCCCGUCUGGAGAACGGCGAGUGUCUCCCCAACAGUGAGGAGGCCUCUGCUGCUGAGGACGAGCUGGGACUCAGCCGGCCGGUGGAGGUGAAGGUGGAGUCGGAUACAUCUGUAAGCGGCGAGUCCCCAGGACCUGGUCCAGGACGCCUAUCCUACUACCCAGCCUACAUCCCCCGUGCCCUCAAGCCUACCGUGCCGCCGCUGACGCCAGAGCAGUAUGAGAUGUAUAUGUACCGAGAGGUGGACACCAUUGAGCUGACCAGGCAGGUGAAGGAGAAGCUGGCAAAGAACGGCAUCUGUCAGAGGAUCUUUGGUGAAAAGGUGCUGGGGCUUUCUCAGGGCAGCGUGAGCGACAUGCUGUCUCGGCCCAAACCCUGGAGCAAGCUAACCCAGAAAGGCAGGGAGCCCUUCAUCCGCAUGCAGCUGUGGUUACUCGACCAGUUAGGUCAGAGCCUCAGCCAGCCCCCAAACCAGGGCCAUGCUCAGGAUAAAAGCCCAGUGACGGCCCAGUCUUCCCCCUCCCCGCCCCCUAGCCCAGUGGAUAGCCACCCAAGUCCACAGGUGGAGCCUGUCAGCCUCUCCCUGGAGAGCAGCAAGGAGAACCAGCAGCCUGAGAGCCUAGGGCUGGGGCUGCCCCCCCACCCAGAGGGAGGGAAACCCACUCCCAGCCUCAUGGCCUUGCAUCAGACCACAAACCCACUGGGCAUCCAGGAACUGGUGGCCAUAUCUUCUGAGCUGGACACCUAUGCCAUCACCAAGAAGGUCAAGGAGGUGCUAACAGACAACAACCUAGGCCAGCGUCUUUUUGGGGAAACCAUCCUGGGUCUGACCCAAGGCUCUGUGUCAGACCUGCUCUCUAGGCCCAAACCUUGGCACAAACUCAGCCUGAAAGGCAGGGAGCCGUUUGUCCGCAUGCAGCUGUGGCUCAAUGAUCCUCACAAUGUAGACAAGCUGAGGGCCAUGAAGAAGUUGGAGAAGAAAGAUAUCACUGUCUUCCCUCCAGCCUAUCUGAAAAGGCGCUACGGGCUGCUGAGCACUGGCUCGGACAGCGACUCACCCAGUACUCGUUCCGAGUGUGUGAGUCCAGCCUUGGUCUCGCUGGACCUGUGCCCUUACAGCCAGGUGAAGAAGGCCCGGGUGGUGCUGGGAGCUGAGGAGAAGGAAGCCUUGAGGAAGGCCUACCUGCUGGAGCCCUACCCCUCCCAGAACACGAUCGAGAUGCUGGCCUCCCAGCUCAACCUAAAGACCAACACUGUCAUCAACUGGUUCCACAACUACAGGUCCAGGAUGCGACGGGAGGUGCUGAUGGAGGGUCUGCCAGACAAUGAUACAGAUGCUGAGCACCACAGCUACUCCCCCUCGGUGACGCGGAGCCCCCACUCUGAUGGAGAGGAGAGGAGGCUGCAGAAGCCCUCAGGACACAUCCACUCCAGCCUUCCUCUCAGCGCCAACACAGCACUGCCUCACGUCAAACAGGAAGCAAUAGACAGGGAAGACGAGGGGGAAGACGUAAAGGAGGGCUCCCUGAAACAGUCAAGAGUUCAGUGUUUUUCUACAGCAGGACCAUUCCCGCAGCUGAAAAGUGAGCACGAGGACAACGCUGGCUGUCGUGAGACCCACUUGGCUAACCAGAGCCUGAGGCACGAAGAGGGGGUGAGCAGCCAAGCUCAAGGGCUCUACCCGGGCGCAGUCUCCAUAGAUGGACCCCAAAGAGCCAGUCAGUCCAGGCAUGAGGGGGAAGAUGCUGGAAAGUCACCCGUUGACCCAGUCAGCUUCAAGGCUUCGUCAGAGCCCUGCCGUAGCAGCCUGGAAGUCUCCCUGAACUCCCCCUCUGCUGCAUCCUCACCCGGCCUCAUGAUGUCAGUCUCCCCCAUCCCUUCCUCCUCUGCUCCCAUAUCGCCCUCGCUGCCCAAUCCGCCCUCAACAAGCACCAAUCAUAGCCUGGACCCUAACCAGAUCCCUCCCUUCCAAAGCCCCAAACUCAACAGAAGCACUCUGAGACGCAAUGAAAAAAUGGCCAACCUCAAUAACAUCAUCCAUAGGCUAGAGAGAGCAGCCAACCGAGAAGAAACACUGGAAUGGGAGUUUUAAGCCCCCCCUUACUUGUAUCUAGUCCUGAUGACCCUCGCGCCAGACAGGGGAGUCUUCAGGGGAGAAUCUUUCUGAAGACUUUAAACGGAGCCUGGACCCGGAAGGCCUGUUCUCUCACACUGAAAACUGAUAGGAAACGGGAAUGCAGAGCUAAACAUAUGGCUAAACUCCCUGGAAGAACUCGAAAGUGAACAAACUAAAAAAGAUUUAUAAAUGUGUAUUUGUUUUUGUUUUUGAUAAUGCGUACUACUUUGAAAUAUAUGUGACAGCAUUAGCUGUUGUUUUACCUUUUGGACUUAACAUGAAGACUUUUGCAGCUAUGGUGUCAUAAAAUGUACACUGAAGUUCUGUAGAUUGCCACUGGGUGAGAUUAAAAAAAGACCCUUGUCUUAAGCCAUUAAAAGCACUAUAACUAUUUGAAAAGAGACAUUGACCAAAUUUGCUACUUUUUGAAUAGCAAUUUUUCAGAUUUUGUCUGUAAGACUGGACAGUUUAAGUCAAGUAACAUGAAAUCCUAUUACUGACUGAGGGAUAGUCCUUUACGACUCUAAAUAUUCAACAUCUUGUAUGUAUUAAGUUUCUCUGUGAUAUGUUUUGAAAUAUUUGUAACUCACAUGUAUAAAAUGUGGUUGUACAUGUUGUAGAAUUGUCUGCAAUAGCCUUCUCUAAACCUGAUGUAGCAUGGUACUCACCUGACCCUGUUAUCCUCUGUAGUUAGUCACCUGUGAUUAUACUUGAGUGAAAACAAGAUAAAAAAAAGUUGAAAACCCUGCAAAAUAUAAGAAAAAAGUAAACGUUAAAUCUAAUAAGUAGAGUAAUUUUUAGUGUUUUUUUUUCCCGUUUUUAAAAAAAUAAUCCUUGAGGUUUACAGUUUAGGGCCCUUGUGCUUUUGGUGGCACAGUUUACACGAUUUCUUUCAGACUUACCUCUCUGACCCUCUUAAGGCACUGGUUCGCAGACUGUAACAGGCCAAGACACAGGACACCUGGUUUACCUCAGAUUAUGUUGAUGCACAUCAUGCUGUGAACAUGCGUUUCAUUCUUAUACAUAAACAUGACCCACGCUUAUUUGAACAAAUGGGGAGGAAUGUACUUGUAUCAUGCCUCGGACGUGCAGAGAUAAAACACAUGGAGAGCUUCUAACAAGCAAAAUCAGUGUGUAACAAAUAUGCUGCUGUUUGUAGAGACGGGGAGCUAGUAAAUCUUGUGUUUUUUGCUCCUCACUCACUGGAUUGAGUGCACUUUCUCAAAAUGCGUCUUUCACUGUAGCUAGAAUAAGGUGUACUUUAUCAAACAACUUGACCUCUAAGUACUGAGAUGCUGUUUAGCUGAACAGUUUGAUAAAAGGUUGCCAGGAGGGCUGAGAAUUGACUUCCUUUGUUUUUUGAGAGCAUGAUACACAUGGUAUGGCCUCUCAUCAACAUGAAAACAUUCGAUCCGUAGGUACGCUAUAUUCAAGGACACAAAAGGUUACAGGUAUCCCCUCAUAUUAUCUUUAACCACUUGUGUAUUGUGUCUGUAAAAGUUUCUUUGUCAUGCUUGCAAAAUGUUCUUUAUGUAUUUUGCCUCUAUUUUAUACUCAGAACAGUUAACUAGAUAUUCAAUACCUCGUGUAUGAACUACUUACAGCACUUAGAUUUUUGAUAAUUGUGAGGACUCAAGAAAAAUUUCAAAUAUCAACAUUAUCCUAACUUAGUGUCCACAAGUCUUUGCCUUUACUGUAUCGUUGAAGUUGGUAGUAAACACUUGCACAUGUCUACAUAGUUCAGAGGACUUGAAUUGUAUUAUGUAGAGAUAUAUAUUACACAUUUACUAAAAAAGAUAAUAUCUUACAUUCUUGGAACAAAAUGUGCUGAUUAUAUUGAGAUAGAGUGUACAGAUUUAAUAAACCAAACCCAUUCAAGCCAGUUCUGGUCUGGCAAGCUUGCCCACGUUUUAGACCUUUUCUCAGGGUAGUCUUGCUUUUUAAAGCUUUACUGAAACAGUUGCUCUCAUCAGUGGUUCUGAAAAUGAUGAAACAUGUGGUGUAGAGAAUGACUUCAUUAUAUGUUAAAUAGGCCUGUGGAAGCUCUAAGUAUAUGGGAAUUGUAACUUUUCACAGGAAACAGUGAUUUGUUAGAGAGUUGUUGCUGUUUGUAAUAAAUUACACAGAUGUGUCAGAGUACAGCGCAGAUUGGAACCACCAGGAUGAGGCUGAUGGGUCGCAUUAUUUUAGCUCAGUAGACUUUAAUCUCUAAAAUACUGUUCUUGUUUUCUCUUGGAGCCUCAAAAGAUUUUUUCUCUGGUUUUGGUACCACCAUUUUUUGUGCAUAAUAUACUGUAUUAUUAGAAGUUGCAUUUCUUUCAUUGAAGUUUCAUCACCUUUCAUGGUAACAUCGUAUGAUUGAAAAAGAAAUGUAUUUACCCAGACCAUUAUAUCUUCAUGUAAAGCUCAUCUCAUUGUUUUGCAUGCAAAUCCGUUCUGGUCACAUGACAAGGUUGACAAGGAUAGACUGUGUUUUUGUGUUCUUCUUACACAAAGACAUUGAAUCAGCACUUAAAGUCUUUUUUUUUAACAUUAGUGAAGUCCAUGCAUGAUACAACUGGUGAAUUUGGCUCACACAGGGCCAUCAUGACUCCAGUCCAAUCAGAACUAAAAAAAAUACUCAGUAAACAUUGCUAGCAGUAAAUUUAAAAUCAAGAUUAUUUGUGCCAUAUCAUUUGCCUCAUGCACUAUCCUCAUAGGAGAAAUGCCUUGUGGUAACGUGUGAUCUAAGAGGGGUGUAGGGCUUUUUCUCACCAGGUUCAGAAAAAAAAGCUAAGCUUUUUUUGUAACAACAGCCCCACACAUUAAAUUCAUUUCAUUUUAUAAUUGACAUUUGUCACUAAAUAAUGAGGAAAUUGGUCAGCAAAAUUUGAAUGAGUGCAUUCAGAGUUGUUAAACAGACAAUUUACAAUCUGAUACUGAGGGUUCGUCACGAAGACAACGUUUCAGCUGUGAGACAAGAAAGGGAAUUUCCUGCAGACUUAAAUAACGGUCUAAUGCCUCACAUGUCAGGCUAUUAAAUGUUAAAUACUGGACAAAAGUAUGCCAAGCGUCUUGGAAUUGAAUUUGCAUAUGUAAGCCAUCAACCAAUACAUAAUUGUUUAA